UUGUAAAUAAUUUUAUUCUUUAUCUUAUCAAUGAAUAAAACGAUUUCGCUCAAAAAUGGAGUUGACUGGUUGUUGUAUUAGAUCCUUCAAUUACAGUUUAAACAACACUUUACACUUGGUUUUGAAAUAACACAGUCAGAUUUUUUUUAUGUCACUUACCGUUCACGUAAAUAUUGUUGAAACAAAUAGCAGAUCAACAUAAAUAAGGCUGAAUUAUUCACACAGUGAAGAUGGAAAAUUAUAAUUUUAUAAAAUGGAUUUUUAAACUUCUUUUCUUAAUCACUGCUACACAAAGUGCCAACAUACUUGUUUUUGCACCAAUGCCGUUUAAAAGUCACUUUAGAGGAUUUCAACCAUUAUUCAAAGAACUUGCUAAUAGAGGACAUAAUCUUACAGUAGUUAGCACGUUUCCACUGAAAACACCAUUGCAAAAUUACACAGACAUCCCAAUUUCAGUAGAUAAGAGUAUUUUAAAAAGUAUUAAUCCAAUGGAGUUGGCUAGUCAUGGUUUUUUAACAGUAGUACCUAGUAUGUGGUAUAUGUCUACAAAUUUAGGCCAAAAAAUGGUUUCCAAACCAGAAAUGCAAAAUUUCAUUCUAUCUCAAGAUUACGAAUUCAAUCUAGUUAUGGUUUUCCCAUUUUGCCAAGAAUACACUGUUACACUAGGCCAUAAGUACAAAGCACCAGUUAUUAAUUUAGGUGUUUCGAUGUUGUGGCCAUCCAAUAGUAAAUGGAUUGGUGAGCCAUCUACAUUUUCAUACAUACUUGAUCAACGAACUAGAGCAACAGAUCAAAUGACUUUCAUCGAACGGUUCAAAAACACUAUUAUUGGAAUUUAUCAAUUAUUUUUAGAAGAUUAUUAUUAUUUACCUUUACAAAAAGAAACCAUGAAUAAAUAUUUUAAAUAUAAAGGCUAUGAAUCUAGACCUCCUAUUGAAGAUAUGUUGAGAAACGUGUCGGUGACAUUAAUCAAUUCGCAUUACAGUAUUGGUGUGACAAGACCUUACUUGCCUAGUACAAUUGAAAUUGCAGGACUUCAUGUGAACAAUCCAAAACCAUUAACUGGAAAAUUUUUGGAGUUUGUUGAAUCUGCUGAGUACGGAGUUAUAUAUUUUAGUUUUGGUACUAUUGUGGAUCCAUCCACGUUACCAAAUUCAACUAUAGAAAUUUUCAUUAACGUUUUAAAGAAGGUGAAACAAAAAGUAAUGUGGAAGUGGGAUUCAAAGAAUUUGCCACAAUUACCCAGUCACAUUAUGAUUAGCAAUUGGUUCCCACAAUCCGAUAUUUUGGGUCACCCUAAUGUUCGUCUAUUCAUCACACACGGAGGUGUACACAGUCUCGAAGAAGCUACCUAUAAUGCGUUACCAAUUGUUGGCAUUCCUUUCUUUGGCGACCAACACAUGAACAUGAGAUUAGCUGAACGCAAUGGGAUCGGAAAAAUGGUGGACCAUAUUGAUUUGAAUGAAGAAUCCAUGCUAUCUGCCAUAAAUGAAGUUCUUACAAACCCAAAAUACAAAGAAAACUCGAAGUUACGAAGUGAAAUAUUUAAAGAUACCCAUCCAAAACCAAUGGAUCGGGCAAUUUAUUGGAUUGAAUAUGUUCUCCGUCAUGGGGGGGCUAAUCACCUUAGGAGUAGUAGUGUUGUAUUAAACUAUAAUCAAUAUUUCCUAGGAGACAUUUUUUUUUUAAUUAUUGGCAUGGCUGCUGUUAAUAUAUUCUUAAUAACAAUAAUGAUAAAAUAUAUUUUAAAAAUUAAAAAUAUCAAUUUUUUUAAGAAAAACAAAUAAAAUAUGAAUAUUGAUUACAAUUUACAAUAUUUUACAUCACUAUAUAAGUAACAAGUAUAUUAACUUGUCAGUAGCAAAUCUAUAAUUUUUAUUUCUAAUAGGUACUUGAUAAUUUUGAUUACCAACACGUUUAGUAAUACCAUUGAUUAUAAAUCAAUUUAUAAUAAUACAUAAGUCGGUAAUAUAGCUAUAAUAAGAUGUGCAAAACAGCUAAUAUCUAUCCACCCACAAUAUAUUCAAAAUUCUAUCUAUUAAUAUAUUUUAUUUUUUGAAAGUUGCGGUCUUACAGGUUUUAUAAUUACUA